AGAAACCCCACUCCCAUCCCAUGAGCCCCAGGGGCUGAGUCAAGGCUGCUCUGGGAGGGGGCCUCUGCCCAGUUGUCCCCUCUGCGUCAUGUGCAGGAGGCCAGGCAGCUCUCCUUACAGGGCCGGGCCCACCUCUAUAUAUAGCCCCAAGAAGACAGCUGCGUAGACCAAGCACAACCCAGCAGGAAAGCAGGGAGUGAAGAGGAGGCCUCUGGCACCCUCGGUCGCCGCACCCUAGGCCACCCGCCAUGGCACUGGGCUUGGAGCAGGCGGAGGAGCAGCGGUUGUACCAGCAGACGCUCCUGCAGGACGGGCUCAAGGACAUGCUGGACCACGGCAAGUUCCUGGACUGCGUGGUGCGGGUGGGUGAGCGCGAGUUCCCGUGCCACCGCCUGGUGCUGGCCGCCUGCAGCCCCUACUUCCGGGCGCGCUUCCUGGCAGAGCCGGAGCAGGCGGGCGAGCUGCGCCUGGAGGAGGUGUCCCCCGAUGUGGUGGCCCAGGUGUUGCACUACUUGUACACGUCGGAGAUCUCGCUGGAUGAGGCGAGCGUGCAGGAUUUGUUCGCCGCGGCGCACCGCUUCCAGAUCCCGUCCAUCUUCACCAUCUGCGUGUCCUUCCUGCAGAAGCGCCUGUGUCUCUCCAACUGCCUGGCGGUCUUCCGUCUGGGACUCCUGCUCGACUGCGCGCGCUUGGCCGUGGCCGCCCGGGACUUCAUCUGCGCGCGGUUCUCGCUCGUGUCGCGCGACAAUGACUUCCUCGGGCUCUCGGCAGACGAGCUCAUUGCCAUCAUUUCCAGCGACGGUCUCAACGUGGAGAAGGAGGAGGCUGUGUUUGAGGCCGUGAUGCGGUGGGCGGCCAGCGGCGACGCCGAGGCCAAGGCCGAGCGCCAGCGUGCGCUGCCCACCGUCUUCGAGAGCGUGCGCUUUCGCCUGCUGCCACGCGCCUUCCUGGAGAGCCGCGUGGAGCGCCACCCUCUCGUGCGGGCCCAGCCCGAGCUGCUGCGAAAGGUGCAGAUGGUGAAGGAUGCCCACGAGGGCCGCAUCACCAUGCUGCGCAAGAAGAAGAAAGAGAAGGGGAAGGAGGCAGCUGGGGCCACGGCGACUGACAAGGGCGCGGGUGAAGUCAAGGCGCAGGAGGACGAGGAGGAGGAGCGUAUCCUUCCCGGCAUCCUCAACGACACUCUGCGCUUUGGCAUGUUCCUGCAGGACCUCAUCUUCAUGAUCAGUGAGGAGGGCGCCGUGGCCUACGACCCGGCGGCCAAUGAGUGUUACUGCGCCUCCCUCUCCACCCAGAUCCCCAAGAACCACGUCAGCCUGGUGACGAAGGAGAACCAGGUCUUCGUGGCCGGGGGCCUCUUCUACAAUGAGGACAACAAAGAGGACCCCAUGAGUGCUUACUUCUUGCAGUUUGACCACCUGGACUCAGAUUGGCUGGGGAUGCCGCCGCUGCCCUCGCCGCGCUGCCUCUUCGGCCUGGGAGAGGCUCUCAACUCCAUCUACGUGGUCGGCGGCCGGGAGCUCAAGGACGGGGAACGCAGCCUGGACUCGGUCAUGUGCUACGACAGGCUGUCGUUCAAAUGGGGUGAGUCGGACCCGCUGCCCUACACCGUGUACGGCCACGCGGUGCUCUCCCACAUGGACCUUGUCUACGUCAUUGGCGGCAAAGGCAGCAACAGGAAGUGCCUGAAUAAGAUGUGCGUCUACGACCCUAAGAAGUUCGAGUGGAAGGAGCUGGCUCCCAUGCAGACUGCUCGGUCACUCUUCGGGGCCACCAUCCACGAUGGCCGCAUUUUUGUGGCUGCUGGGGUCACAGACACGGGGCUGACCAGCUCAGUGGAGGUGUACAGCAUCCCGGACAACAAGUGGGCGUCCUUUGAGGCCUUCCCGCAGGAGCGCAGCUCCAUCAGCCUGGUCAGCCUGGCGGGCACCCUGUACGCCAUCGGUGGCUUCGCCACUCUGGAGACUGAGUCCGGGGAGCUGGUCCCCACAGAGCUCACUGACAUCUGGAGAUAUAAUGAGGACGAGAAGAAGUGGGAAGGUGUUUUGCGGGAGAUUGCCUACGCCAACGGCGCCACCUUCGUACCUGUGCGGCUCAACGUGCUGCGCCUGACCAAGAUGUGACCGGCCCCGGAGGGUCUGCACCCCG